ACCUUUUUCUUGCAGCCGCGCCACCGAAGACGAAGACGGCCAGCGUGGGGAUAACGAACGUCGCGCGUCGCGCAUUCUUUCGCGGAGCUUGCAGUUGUUGUCAAAUGCACUUUAUUACGACCGGGUUUUGUUUGUCGCGAUGAUUUGCGCUAGCAAAACAUAACGAGAAAUUGCAACGAGCGUUGAUCUCCGGCGAUUUGUGGAAGGAAAAACAAGUGUUGACGGUUUUGUGAAUAAUCGGGGAAUUGGAAAAGUUUAAUAUGUGGCGGAGUGAACAUAGUUGGUGCGAAAUUUAUGUCGUACUUUCGAAGCCGUGUUAAAAGUUGGAAGUGGUAUUUCUGCAACGAGUGAUUGAAAGUAAUUAGUCAACUAAAUCGAAGCAGUUUGUGUGUACAACAACUGAGUGAAAUUCAGAAUAUUACCCAUAAAGUGAAUGUGAAUAUAAUUUUGAAAUCAUACUAUCAUAUUAGAAGUAACGUGAAGGUGUUAUUUUUGAAACUUCGAUCCUAAUAACGUUGUUUGAUUUUGGGAAAUUAAAAACCCUAAACAUCUUAAUCGCUUUAAGUUCGUCGUUUGUUCAACGUUGAAAUCCCCUCGUGUGAAGAUCAAGUCAAACAAUCUUCGUCAGUCCUAGUUCAAGUUGCAUUCGAAUGGAUGCCAAAUAUUGAUCCAUAAACUGCACGACUGCAGCUACGACCGGCGUUUUCAUCUUGUUUUACUGCAAAAAGAAUCAGCCUGCAGCAGCGGACUUCGCGCUUGGCAGUUCGAAAGGGAGUUUGGGAGGAAGCGAACGAGAGCAAGUGAGCUGCCGCGGGCAAGGGAUGUAGCAACGCAACGCAACGGUCUCCAGCGCGGCAAGCAGAUCACAACUGAACCAUCACAGCGGUCCCACCCAGCGACCAUCCUCGCUGGAAUUUAGGUCAAUUGACUUCCCAUACCAGCAUUGAACUUGAAACAAUCCAUCCAAUCAAUGGCCAACCUACCUCAUCGACCCACUGCACUGUGCUCUUUCCAAGCUGGCGAAUUGCUGAUUAUUGUUUUCCAACAAACCAUUAGACCAUGAUGAUUAGCACCGAGUCCAUCAUUGCCAGCAGCAACAACAUCGGCAAACCAACCACUCGGAAGGACCCGUAGCCACCCUGUAAGAAAAUUGGCAAUCGAUUUCCCCGGACCCCUGGCGGGUAUUCGGAAUAGAUCAAGUGUUGCUGUGGCGCUGCGGAAUUCAGAAAUUGAAUCAAAACCGAAAUGGGAACAGCCCAUCACGGCUGCUGAUGCUGAGGCUUUGCGAUCGAUCAAGGGUUUCAAUGCGGAUUGCAACAGCAGCCGCCACUCGGUGAACCGUUAAAUUACGAUCCAAUUUGUUGUGCCUAUGCAUUCGCGUGUGCUUCGAACGUGGGCCUCGAUGGCCGAAGACUUGAGUAUGUUUUCCUCCUUCGUCGAUCGCCGAUUGCCGGAGUGUGAACAUGACCCAAUUGCCUGCCACCAGCCGGUGGGGUGUACUUUUGGCUGAAUAAUUGGCGAAAAUUAAAGUGACGAAAAAUGGACCAUCAGGUUGAUGGCGAUGAAAGUGAUGGGCGUAGGAUUGCACCCAUGGAUAAUUCAUCCGAUACGCCCCGAUCAGUAGCCGCGAGCGAGAUGCAAACCAGUGACGAACCCCCCUUUGGGAGGCAAAUCAGUGCAUGGCGUUAAUUGAACCGAGAAGCGAAGAAAUCGAACCGAAAAGUGCGCCCUCCACGCGCGCGAGGCCCAGAAAGGUAAAUUUGAACGAAACAUUGUGAGAGUGUUUGAAGUGGGCUGCUGCUAGUUGGUCAGUGUGCACUAUGGUAACCUACAACAUGGAUGUGCACUUGCCACGCCUGGGAAGACCCCGGAGGGGGUCCAGCGUUUCUUCCGGCUUUCGGCUACUGGACGCCGAUCAGCUGGAGACCAUGUCCAGCGUCAGCCGGAACUCGAUCUGCAAACUGAGGAUCGAUGCGAUGUUCGACGACACGAGAUCGAUCAUCAGCCAACGGAUCGAUGAUCGUAGCUCGUUGAACCUCGGAAUAGGACCCGGAGGCCGCCGCCGAUCAUCGUCGAUCCAUGGCGCGGGAUCGAUCAGCGGGAUAAGUCGGAUAGGCGGUGGUAGCGCCAUCAUCAACGAUCGCGAUAAUCUGGACGUCAGCGGAAUGGCUAAAAAUCUGCGUGACCUGCGCAACAGUGUCGCUGGAGGAGGCAGCGGGAGUGGAGGAAGCGGCGCAAGCCGCGGAAGCAGCAAUUGUGUGCAGGCACAGAUCGAACGAAUGUUCAACGAUGUGGCCAAGGAGCAUGGUGGAGCAGAGAAAGACAUGGCCACGGCUCCACCGGUUAGUGGACAAACGUUUUCGGUGCGAUGUCUCGGAUCGCUCCCGUUGAAGGAUAAGGUCACUAGUCUGGUGGGCCUGCAGGAACCGCUGAGACAACUCUACCUAAGUGGUGCUGGACAUGGGAACCAAAAUGCCGGCACGCUGGACAUCAGCCCGAUUGGCCUGCGGGUGAAGAACUCCAACGGACGGGAACCGUUCCUAACGCCCUUCCAGAACAUCGCCGUUUGGUCCGCCGUGAAGUUUGUCGUGUCUCCGGCCGAUGGCGGCGCAGCCUUUCUCCCACUGAUCACCGAUCCCGAGAACAUUGACAAACGUGCGCUUUUCCGACCUCUCAGCAGUGCCGCGGAUAAGCGUCGACUGUCAUCCGGGCUGCAUUCGCCGCUGUUUGCAAUUGUGAUGCGCUCAAAUUCCAUACCACGGUUGCUGGAGUGCCACGGGUUCGUCUGCCAAACCCCGGAGGAUGCGAUCGUCAUUGCUGCCACGUUGUAUCAGAGCUUGAUGGCCCACAUGGGAAGUGGAGAGAACCAACGACCUCGAAGACCCAAAAAUCGCAACGGAGUAAGCUGUAUGAGCAUCGCAAGCAGUGCUGCUACGACCAACAUUCAUGUGCAGCCUGGUUCCACCAAGUUAUCCUCCAGGCGCUCCAACGCCAGUCAACGUAGUUUACUGCCACCACCUCCAAGACCACCGCGGAAAACGAAACGCACUGCCACCAGUUCUUUGAGUGGCGAAAGCGACACCAUGACCGGUCCCAACGAAGAAUCAUCCACCGAAGAACGCAAAAAACGAUCGUCCAAAGGCAAACGGCCACCUCCGUUGCCGGCUAAUCCACCGCGGGCAGUAUUGAACCGCCCAUCCCUGGAUGCGAUCUACACCGAUCAAAGUCACUCGAACGACGACAACAACUCCCUGUCGAAGGAAGGCGAAAGCAACUACCCGGCUUUGUCGGAAAACUCAGCUGGUGACAUUCUGACCCGGGUGGCAAUUCCCCGAUCCGGAAGUUUUCUCAACACGGCCGGACUAACGAGGUACAAAUCGAGAGCCACUCGACGACACACCGGCAAGGUCGGCGGAGGCGGAGGAUCCCCGUUAGGCUUUUCCGAACUGUUCAAUGAGUUCCGACUGCAGGAAAAUCUGCACUCACUGGACGAUAUUCUCAAUGCCAUAAUCAACUCGGACGGAAUGUCGUUCAACGAUUUGAAACCGAUUUACAAAGAGUUUCUUUUAAAGCUGGCGGUCACGUUGACCAAGGACGAACUGUACCAGCGCUCGAAGAGCAUCAUGCGUCGACAGAAGAAGAAGAAGUUGAAGCGGAAGAACAGCAAUGUGCAGACACAACGUCGCAAACUGCUGAUUGGCGCCAAAGGGCUGAAAAAAGUGUUUCGCUUUGGUAAGUUUCGGAACAAAAAGACCCUCGGUAGAUCCGGUAGUUUCAACAAAAACAGCAACAGAAGUAACCGGGACAGCCAGGGUGAGUCCAAUGCCAGCUUCAUCGACGACGGUGACUCAACGGCGUGCCGCGCCUCCGUCCCGGUUGGCGUUCACGGAAAGUCGUCCAAACACCAGGCCGCUAACUCCGACCAACUCUCACUGGAUUUUAAGGCGGCCGAUAAGAAGGAUCGAUCAAGAAUUGGAACAAGUGGUUCUGAAGUUUCAGAGGCUCGACAUGAGCAUACGUUGACAGCGCACCACAACCGGAACAGCUCCAGCGGAUACGUAUCGUGCUCGGAGUGCAGUUACGACUCGGAUGCUUGCACGUGUACUUCAGCCGAUCGCUGCUACUGCAGUCUUGGUGGAGAUGAUAUCAACGCCAAGCUGAACGAGGCAAGCAAUCGGAGUUCAUUGCCAAGUUGUAAAAGCGAUGACAAAUGCUACUGCUCGAUGGGUGAAACUGUAGGAGAGGAGGAAGGUUCGACGACGUGGUGCGAUACGGACAGCUGUGUGAGCCAUGAAAAGUGUUACUGCCCGACGCGAAUGCAAGGUCAAGCUCAAAAGUGUGCUAACAAAAAAUCCGGAGCGAAGAACGGAACCGAUAAGCUUGGUUUGGACUACGAACUUUUCACUGUGGGUGGUAAUGGACGUUCGAUCAAGGCAUCCGAAGCGCUCAGCGUCAAGAAGACUGUUGAAGUGGCGGCGGUAUUUUCUGACGUCAAGCUGAGUCAGACGACCGACGUUAAAAAUUUGAAUAACGAACAAAAACAGGAACAGCAGAAGAAGCAACACAAGGAACCAUCGGUCAAAAAACAUGCCACCAAGAGUGAUCACCACGGUCACAAUCAUCAUCACACGCAUACUCACAGCGCAAGUGUCGAUAACGGCAGCAGCAAUCACAGACGCCACGGUGAAGGUAAACAUGUAAAUAAGCCAAUCCACAAACUGCUGAACAAGAAAGCCGUCGUAGAACCGAUCGCCCAUAACGAGUAUCACUACAUACAAUCGUCCCAAACAGACAUGGCCACGAGAAAACAACUGGGAGAUAAGAGAUCCUCCAAGCGUUCGAACUCGACCAAGUCGGACAACGUGUAUCAGGCAAUGACACCUCGGAGUGUCGCUGUUGGAUCUACGUUGGAGGACUCUUUAGGCUAUCUGCCGUAGGUUAUUUUUUUGUAUCUAGUUGCCUUGGUUUUAGAAAACGCUUCCAUUGUUCAUGCUUUGUAUUCAGAUAUAAGAAGGAUCUUUUUUUCCUGAAAGUAAACGUUGUCUAUUACACUCGGGCGAAAGUCUGUCACAGCUUUCCUGCGCGUUCAGUUUACUCUCAGCGAAGAAUAUGCUUUUGCUAUACGUAACUAAAUCCCGUUUCCCUUAGUAGAUUAGGCAGUCGAAUACUUUUGUUAUGCGGCGUUAUCAAGCACAUCACACAAAAUAUUAAACGAAAGCAUUUAUUUUUUCCUCUAAAGUGUGCGAUGAUGAGUAACACAAACAACCGAGUGAGAAAAAAAAAUUGGUGGCAGCAGCGUAAGUGUAAGCUUGUAUAAAUUUUAAAACUCCGAUUAUGUAAAUUGAUGAUGCGGUGAGCCGCGUCUGAAGGCAGGAAAAAAACCGACGCGAAGAAAAUGAUAAGAGAAAAUAUUUUCGCGAUCUAUGCGAAGAGCGCCGAAAUGUAACGAGCGCGUGGCGAUUUCAAUAUUUAUGGUACGAUGAGGGGCUUGACGACAAAAUGGCACGAGCCUUCCCCAAAAUGAUUAUGUUAUACAUUUAGAUUAGCAAAGAAUACGAUUUUAACUACACAUGUGCAAUAGACAUAAGAUUAUGUGGAAAGAAUGGAUCACGCUGUCGGUGGUGCACGUGAAGAGAUUCAGGCUGGGAAGUGACUAAACAAGUUCUCGGUUCAUUUCACAACAGUACAGGAAGUUUUCACAAGCGUAACUUUCAGUCAAGUACCUAAUGGAAAGAGGUUUAUGGAUGAACGUAAAAUAAUAGCAUAGAUUCUGCUGAAAUGGAUUGUAUGAAGAAUCACAUAUUGAAUACUAAAUCGAUAAAUCACUGAAUACAGAAGAUAAAAUUCAACCUCAAAUUUUCAUUUAGCAUUUAGUCGGCUAUUUAAUUCUAUAAGUUUACGAGGAAAAAAAAUAGUUUGAGCUUUUUAGUGGAAUGUCUUCACUUGUCAUAUGACGAGUUAGUACUAUCCCAUUAAAUUGCACCACUGGAUUGUAACUUUACAGAUACGUAUUGCUACCUCAACAUGCAGUCGUCGGUGUUUCGUAUUUAACUUGACACAUUCCGAUGCGCGUAAAACUGUUUGCUGCAUUUAUACGGUUCAAUUGUUGAGCCUAAUAAUAAAAUGACAAUUCAUCUGAUCGUCUUGUCAAGGUUCUUCUAAUAAAUGAGUAUUGCGUAUAUUUAAUCCGUAGUACAAAAUGUACGUUUUAUUGAAAUAUUUUUUGCUGCCAAAAUAACAGCAGUUUUCAGCCUACAUUCUGCAAUCACAACGAAGUGUGUUAUAUAGAAAUCCGUAUUUUUCGUUAGAACAUUAAUUCCGCGAAUUUAUCUUGUUCAGGAUAUUUUGUUAGCCGACUGCUAUGCGAAAUGUUUCAACACAGAUAGCACAUCAGAACAUUCUGCAGAGUUUGAAGAAAUAUCUUUCUAAAUUUUGCCAGAUUUUUUUGCUUUCAUGGCAAGUUCUUCGGAAUUGUUGAACCUCGGAGGGGCACUCUCUCUGGGGGUGGAAUUCUGGUUGAUUAUAAGUAUAUGUUCCUUUCUUGGAGCUACACAUGGGGAGCGAAUUAGUGUUCUUCCGAUCGGGUGAGGUUUGAAAACAUCAAUUUGGUAUUGCACAACAGGACACAGUACAGUUAAUUUUACUACACUUUUUAACAUCACACUACAUUUACAUUAUUAACACAAAUUUAUUUAAAAAAAUCUUGAUCCCUGAUAGGUUAUCACAAUGGCUAAUUUGUUUAUUGUUAUGCUAAUGGUAUUUGUUAAUAUUGAAGUUGAUUUUUUCACGAUCGCCUUCCACGCUAUUCGUGUGUCGCAUGUAGUGGUACACCCGAUUCUUCUUUUACACGGGGGAUGCGUUCCAUGUAAAAAAAGUUUUCAGUUCAAAAUUCGAAAAUCUGUGUAAAAAAAAGUUUUAUGAUUUCUCGAUGAAUUAUGCAAAAUGGAGCAACUUUGCAAACAUUUUAUAUGGAAUUUUUUAUUACGCAACCGUGUAAAAAAAUCCAUGUAAAACAGAAUGGGGGGGGGGGGGUGGUGGUGGUAUAGAAAAUAGUAUUGACCCGAUAUUGUCACACUUCGAUUUUGUCUACCUCCGAUUUUAUCACGUUUUCGACACGAUUUUACCGAUUUUAUCACGUUUUUGACCCGAGUUUGUCACCCCACAAAAAAUUGAAAAUUCAAGUCGUCCUUUCUAUUUUUGUAAAUAAUUCAUUUCUAAAUGCCUGUCAAAAAGCCUUUUCGACUAGAAAGCCUUUUCGACUAGAAAUAAAAUCGGGAUAUUACUGUAGUGAUUUUAGGAGUUGUUCAACUAAACAUACUCCCCCACUCUAAAAUUACGGAAUUUAAAAAAGAAAAAACAGACCUCUACGAACACAGAAUGGAUGUCUAAUGAUCGAUUCCCCAGUUUUGACACCAUUCAACUUAGACAACGUUGUCGCUUGACUGAUGUGGGAUAGAGCACACUUAGAAUAAAUGACCGACUUCGGAAAUUCGUUUACCGAAUACUCAAUAGCUGAACGAUCGGUAAAUGAAAGCACUACCGAAAGAUCGGUAAACUGGUUUGUCCAGUCAAACGUCUAUAUUACCGAGCUCUCCGGUAGAUUUUUAUCCCAAGCGAAAUGUUCGGUAAUGCUGAAUAUUCAGAUUGGAGACAUAGUUAUUAGUACUUAACAUAGUUAUUUAGUCAUUAAUCAUGUUUAUUCAGAAAAUUAUUACGAUCCAAAGUGCAGCGGCGGAGAGAUUUUGUUUGUUUCCUUCCGCGUCGAGGUCAGGAACCAGCAGAACAAUGAGGACGGGAAGCCACGAGGAACAUUGCAUUUUAUCGAUGAAUAACUGCUUGCAGCAACUUUGUUUUUUUUUCCGACGGUGACCACUGGCAUCUGAGACCUGAACAGAGUCAUUGAAAUCAAAUUGGGAAAUCAAAAGAGAUAUUUAUUACCUACCUGCAAUAUUCAACUGAGGCUUAGACUGAACUCUGAAUGAAGAAAAAUCUGUUCUUGGCGGUUUGUCGAAAAGCUUCUGCCAGGACUAGCGUGACAUUUCUCUACAACUUACGAAAUCUCGGUAAAUGAACUAUGUUACAGAAUUCGGCGGAGUCAGAAAUUUACUUAUUUUCCGGUGAUUUUCUGACAGCUACCCCGCUGUUGACACUGUCGGAACCGAAACUUUGGUAGGAUUUCACAGAAUAUCGGUAAAAUAUUCCAGGAUUACCGAAAAAUCGUAAAAUUAUUUUUUGCGGACAUUUUCGAUAAAAAAUAUUACCGACCUCAUAAACUUAAUCUGAGUGUGAGGUAGGGAGUGAGUGCUAGUAGUGGACCCCGUGCGUAUAAUGGACCCCCUGAACAAAAUCUCAAAUUAAACGUAACGUAACGUAACGUUAACGUAAACAUGCUAAAGGGUCCAUUACUAGCACACAAGGGGGGUCCAUUAUAGGCAAAAGGAACAUGUGGGAAUGGAACAUUUAAAUCAAAUACGUAUAUAAACAAACUCGACGUUGCGUAUUGUGGACCCGGGGGUGGCCAUAAUAGGCAGCAUGCUAGCAUAGCUACAAAAUUUUAAAAUCCCUUUUUUAUUGGUAAAAAUGAAUGUUUUGACUAGUUUAAUGUACGAAACACGAUGCUGGUACCUGUUGCUUGUCAUCUGGUGCAACAGAACUACAGUUUUUCAAGAGGAUCGCUCUAGCGAAGCGACUGAAGUAAAUUUUAGUCGUUAAGGGGUCCAUUACUAGCACUCACUCCCUAUUAAAGACUUCAUGCCGCCAGUUCUUCUUGAAACAUGUGAAAACUUGCUGGCUCAAGUCCUCACGCUGCACGCAGCAUGUAACUCCGCUUUGUUUUUCCUCUCCACCUAGGGUUGUGGUACCAGGAAUACCGGCAUUUACGGUACUGAGAAAUCAGUAUUUAAAACGAAAAUUUAAAUAUAGAGGAAUGAGAAAAAAUGCUUGAAAAGGAAUCUUAGUGUUCUAAUUUUGAGCAAUAAAUAC